AUGGCGAAUUCUAUAUUUGUCUGCGAAAUUGCUGAUUUCAUCUUCCUUCCGAAGAAGAAGAAGAAGAAGAAGUCUCCUUCCUUCCUAACCUAAUCCAUUUCCAUAACCAGACCUUCAAUUCCUCACCCCCCCUUCUCCAGAGCUCCCUUCCUAGCCCUUCUCCAAUUUGUCCAUACAAUAAUCCACAAUUUAUCCGGUCUCUUCUCGGUACCUUCAAUGGCGCCGAGUUUCAGAGACCUACAACUCACGGUCGUCACACCAAAGAAGCAGCAAGGAUUCGUUCUUGCUUCCGAUGACGAUGAUAAUGAUGAAACCGGCGAUCUAGAAGAUGUUCGUCUUCUAGAUGCGUUUGAUCGUCAAGAGGAGGGGCUAGGACAAGGUAUUAAGAGAAUUCAAGUUAGUGUUACAGGUAUGACCUGCGCUGCUUGUUCUAAUUCCGUUGAGGGAGCUCUACGAAGCGUUAAUGGAGUGUUGAGAGCUUCUGUUGCCUUGCUUCAGAAUAAGGCUGAUGUUGUUUUUGAUCCAACUUUGGUUAAGGAAGAAGAUAUAAAAAAUGCAAUUGAAGAUGCAGGAUUUGAUGCUGAAAUAUUGCCUGAAGAAAAUUUAUCUGGAAAGAAGGUUCACAAAAUGUUACUAGGACAGUUUACUAUAGGUGGUAUGACAUGUGCAGCUUGUGUGAAUUCUGUUGAAGGGAUAUUACGGAGUCUUCCUGGAGUUAAAAGGGCGACGGUUGCUUUAGCCACUUCAUUAGGUGAAGUUGAGUAUGAUCCUGUUACGAUAAACAAGGGUGAGAUAGUAAGUGCGAUUGAAGAUGCUGGUUUUGAAGCAUCUUUCGUUCAAAGUAACGAACAGGAUAAAAUUAUUGUUGGUGUUUCUGGAAUAUUGGGUGAUGAGGAUAUACAUCUUUUGGAUGGGAUACUUUGUAACUUGAAAGGAGUUAGGCAGUUUUACUUUAAUAGGGAAGCGAGAGAACUACAAAUUCUCUUUGAUCCUGAAGUUAUUGGUUGUAGGUCAUUAAUUGAUGCAAUUGAGAAGGCAAGCAUUGAGAAGUUUAAGUUACAUGUUAAGAAUCCUUACACCAGAAUGACUUCCAGAGAUCUAGAAGAAUCUUCAAAUAUGUUUCGCCUCUUCACUGCUAGUUUGCUUCUUAGUAUUCCAGUAUUUUUCAUGCGAGUGGUAUGCCCUCACAUACCCCUUUUGAAUUCUAUGUUGCUCCGGAGAUGUGGUCCUUUCAAGACUGGUGAUUGGUUGAAGUGGGCAUUUGUAAGUGUCAUUCAGUUUGUUAUUGGGAAGCGUUUUUAUGUUGCAGCUGGUAGAGCACUUAGAAAUGGUUCGACUAACAUGGAUGUCUUAGUAGCUCUUGGAACUUCAGCCUCUUAUUUCUACUCUGUCUAUGCCCUUCUAUACGAAGCAAUCACUGGAUUUUGGUCUCCAACUUACUUUGAGACUAGUGCAAUGCUAAUCACAUUUGUUCUGUUGGGGAAGUAUUUGGAAACACUUGCCAAGGGGAAGACUUCUGAUGCUAUUAAAAAGUUAGUGGAACUAGCACCUGGAACUGCUCUGUUACUUGUCCUAGACAAAGAUGGGAAUAUUCUUGGCGAAAGAGAGAUAGAUACUUUGCUAAUUCAGCCAGGUGAUUUACUCAAAGUUCUUCCUGGUACAAAAGUGCCAGCUGAUGGAUUGGUUGUAAGAGGAACUAGUCAUGUCAACGAGAGUAUGGUUACUGGUGAAUCUGUGCCUGUUGUGAAGGAGGUGAAUUCAGCAGUUAUUGGAGGCACAAUGAAUAUGCAUGGUUCCUUGCAUAUACAAGCCACCAAAGUGGGAUCUAACACAGUUUUGAGCCAGAUAAUUAGUCUUGUGGAGACAGCACAGAUGUCUAAAGCUCCAAUUCAAAAGUUUGCAGAUUUUGUUGCCAGCAUUUUUGUUCCUGUAGUAGUUGCAAUGUCAUUACUGACUUUGUUGGGAUGGUAUAUUAGUGGAGUUCUUGGGGCAUAUCCAAAAGAAUGGUUGCCUGUAAACAGCAACUUCUUUGUAUUUUCCCUCAUGUUUUCGAUAUCUGUUGUCGUGAUUGCAUGUCCAUGUGCCCUUGGUUUGGCCACCCCUACAGCUGUUAUGGUUGCAACGGGGGUUGGAGCUAACAAUGGUGUGCUAAUAAAAGGAGGAGAUGCAUUGGAGAGAGCACAUAAAAUCAAGUAUGUCGUGUUUGAUAAAACAGGAACUCUUACCCAAGGGAAGGCCUCUGUUACGGUGGCUAAAACUUUCACGGGAAUGGAUCGUGGUGAAUUUCUAACAUUGGUAGCUUCAGCUGAGGCAUGCAGUGAACACCCACUGGCUAAAGCAAUCACUGAAUAUGCAAGCCAUUUCCAUUUCUUUGACGAUCCUUCCACUCUCAAUGAUCCUAAAAAGAAAGGCAAUGUUUCAAACUACUCUGGAUGGUUACAUGAAGCCUCAAAUUUCUCGGCUAUGCCUGGAAGAGGUGUCCAGUGCUUUAUAGGUGGAAAACUGUUACUGAUAGGCAACAGGAAACUGAUGACAGAAAAUGGAAUCCUGAUUCCAGAUCAUAUCGAAAUUUGUGUAGUGGAGUUGGAAGAAAAUGCAAACACGGGUGUACUUGUUGCAUAUGACAAUACGAUUAUAGGCAUGUUAGGGGUGGCAGAUCCUCUAAAAAGAGAAGCAGCAGUAGUUAUUGAAGGUCUUAAGAAAAUGGGGAUCAAACCUGUCAUGGUCACUGGGGACAAUUGGAGAACAGCCAGAGCAGUCGCCAAAGAGGUUGGUAUCGAUGAUGUAAGAGCGGAGGUAAUGCCAGCAGGAAAAGCCGACGUGAUCGCUUCACUACAAAAAGAAAACGGAGGAAGCGUAGUAGCAAUGGUGGGCGACGGCAUCAACGAUUCGCCAGCUCUAGUCGCGUCAGACGUGGGUAUGGCAAUCGGGGCAGGGACAGACAUCGCGAUAGAAGCUGCCGAUUACGUUCUAAUGAGGAACAAUCUAGAAGACGUAAUCACAGCAAUAGACCUCUCUAAGAAGACAAUUUCACGAAUAAAGUGGAAUUACACAUUCGCCAUGGCAUACAAUGUGGUGGCUAUUCCUGUGGCGGCGGGGGUGUUUUACCCGUGGGCGAGGCUGAGAUUGCCUCCGUGGGCUGCCGGAGCUUGCAUGGCUAUGUCCUCGGUUAGCGUGGUUUGCUCUUCUCUACUGUUGAGAAGAUAUAAAAGGCCUAGACUUACUACUAUACUCGAAAUAACUGUGGAGAAAUAAUGUGGAGGGGAAAUUGAAAACAACAUGCCUUUUAUGUUGUUUGAAUAAGUUUGGUUGGUUGUGUCUUGUAAUAUUGUAUUCUUGAUAUGUCAUGAUGAAGUUCAUUGUAGAUUAUAUAUAACUAUAGCUGUUGCAAAGGGUUGGUGGAAGGAAAUUACAUAAAAUCUAUUGUAUUUUGUCACAAAUUGUAACAAUUAUAUAUCAAAUUUCACUUUUAUUUUUUUACU